GUCGAACCCAAGGAAAGUUCCACGAUGUUGAAGAUCUCGCAGGACAUCCAGGUUUUCCAUGAGCUCAGUGAUGUAGUAGACCAAGUGACCAGGAUUCCACUCGAGCUUGGUCAACACCGGCUAACCAUCGCAAUCGCUGCGGUCUGUAUCUUGACCGGAGGUGGAUUAGUACCGGUGAUAAUUUAUCUCGUCUUGACCAAAGCUGCGGGGCUCCAACUUUGGAUAGUUUUCACCAUUCUUGCAGCCGUCGUGGGAACAGUCAGUGCAUCGAUGAUGCUGCGGCGAACCUGGCGGCUCCUUCGUUCGGAUUCCACCUGUCGGCCCUACACUACGGCAGGCAACGACCACGAUACCAUGUCACUGGACUAUUUCCAGUGGAACUUUUUCACGGGGUUCUGUUACAUCGCGGCGUUGAUGAUCGCAGCGGUCAGGACCAGUCUGAGUCAGGAUGACAACAGCAACAACAACAACACCUCAACUCGAUUGAUGAGCCUGUCUUUGUCGCUCCUAGUUCUCCAAGUAAGCAGCCAACUCCUUUGCGCCGCCGUAAUGGUUCGAAUAGAAGCCAAAUAUCCGUUCCGGGUCUCUUCCAUGGAACGGACCGCCAUGGUCCGGCCAGGGGUCUACACCAUUAUCGAGGACGUGGUCGCGGUCGAUGGCGGACAGGGACAGCAGUACCGCCGACUGCUUGACGCACGCUAUCGCUCGAGCAAGCCGAUUCGUCUUCUCCUGGCGCACCUGGACUUAGCGUGGGGUGUUUCUGGUAUGGCUGUGGCGGCUGCGCUCAUCGCUCUCACUACCACUCUCCCUAGCGCGAAGAUGGUAUUUAUCGUUGGUUGGCUAGUCCCUUGGGGUUGGACCACAGUGCUCGUGGGGACCACGCGAUGGAUGUAGAGGCUUGCGCUUAUGCGUGAGAAAGAUGAACUAUUUGCGGGGGAAAGGAGGGCAGUAGAUUAAAAACCACCCUACUUCAGGGAAGUUGUCUUUGGGGGUCACAUGCAAAUCAAUU